CCUGCGCGGAGGCCCCAGGCCAGGAGCGCAAAGUCCGUAGCGCCGGGCGGAGAAGAAGGCGGUCGCAGCACAGGUGAUCCCGCUCCUUCAAUCCGGCAAGAUGCCCCUGGGGCUGCUGAGAAAGAAGAAAGCCAAAGCCAAGGAGACUGCCCAGCUGGUGGAGAGCGAGCAGCCGGGGGCGGGCGGCGGGAGUCUCCCGGACCAGGUUCCCGUACGCAGGCUGGUUUUCCACACGCAGCUGGCGCACGGCAGCGCCACAGGCAGAGUGGAGGGUUUCUCCAGCAUCCAGGAGCUCUAUGUCAAGAUCGCGGGCGCCUUUGAGAUUUCGCCGUCGGAGAUUUUGUACUGUACUUUAAAUACACCAAAAGUUGACAUGAGAAGACUCUUAGGAGUACAAAUAGGCCUUGAAGAUUUCAUAUUUGCCCAUGUGAAAGGAAUUAAAAAAGAAGUAAAUGUAUAUAAAUCUGAGGAUUCACUUGGUCUCACCAUUACAGAUAAUGGCAUUGGGUAUGCUUUUAUAAAGGGUAUCAAAGAUGGUAGCCUUAUUGACUCAGUUAAAACAAUCUGUGUGGGAGAUCAUAUCGAAUCCAUAAACGGAGAAAAUAUCGUUGGAUGGCGUCAUUAUGAUGUUGCUAAGAAGUUAAAGGAAUUAAAAAAAGAGGAGCUGUUUACCUUGAAGUUAAUAGAACCUAAGAAGGCAUUUGAAAUAGAGCCGAGAUCAAAAGCUGGGAAGUCAUCAGCAGGAAAAACUGAUACUGGAAAGGGGACACUUCGACUGAGAUCAAAAGGUCCUGCCACUGUGGAAGAAGUGCCAUCUGAAACUGAAACAAAGGCAAUUGAAAAAAUUGAUGACCUGCUUGAAUUGUACAUGGGAAUUCGAGAUUCUGAUUUGGCUACCACAAUGUUUGAAGCUGGAAAGGACAAAGUUAAUCCAGAUGAAUUUGCUGUGGCACUUGACGAAACUCUUGGAGACUUUGCGUUCCCAGAUGAAUUUGUCUUUGAUGUUUGGGGAGCUGUUGGUGAUGCCAAACAAGGACGAUUAUGAUGUGAUGAUCCGUCUCUGAAGGAUGAACCAUUGUUUAUUAAAACAACAACAAAACAUCAACUUAGAAGAUCUGGUUUUGUACACCUUUAUGAACUCUGGUUUAGUUAUUUGUAUGGAGUACAUUCUUUGAAAUAUAAUUUUGAUUUCUGAGUCCUUUUUAAUGCACUUGCUUAUGUAGUAUGCUUAAGAUAAAUUACUUGAAAUUAUGGUCAAUUUUAAUAUUCAUUCAGAAGUUUUUUUUUGAAGGCAAUUUUAAGGAAUAUUUCUAGAUAGAUGAUGAUUUUGUUCCCUAUUAACACCCACACUGUUUUCCACAUACAUGUGGAAAAUUGCACAUUGUUGUUGCAGUGCAAUGUUGUUGCAGUAGUUCUGUAAUUCUUUUGUAAAUAUUAAUGCAGUGAAAAUUAGGAUUGGAGUAUAAUUUACCUUGUGACACCUUAAUUUUGUUUAUACUAGUUUGAACAGGAUAUGUUCAGGAAAUGAUAUGUGAAUUAUGCUUGUUAUGGGUUUGGAGGCAUUCUUUCUGAUUCACUGAGGAAGGUGAGGGAGAUUCCUACGGCCUCUUGAUUUAUGGCCCACUUUCCCUACUUGUACAACAAGAAUUGAUUGACUUUCUCUUUUGCUUCUUUGUCACUGCCCUUAAAACUUAUAGUGAAAUCUAUUGUGCUGCCUUUGAGUGUGUAUUUUGCUUGUGUGGAAGAAGGGUGAAAAAGAGGCAGGAUGAGGAGAACCACUUACAUUUGAUUUUUUAGUAGUUCUUAAAACAUUAUUUCAUCUUUCACUCAUAGCUACUUUUACAAUACGUUUUAUAAACGCUCCAGGGAAGGUUUUAUAGUCUUUGCAGAAUUUUCUUUUGAAAGAUAUUUACUUAGAAAGUAUCUAUGUUUGAGAACCCUUAAACUUUAGAGGAGAUAAUAUCAGAAAUAGAUCCUCCCCUUCCCCUCAGUGGAAUAAGGAAAAGGGAGAAUUGAGAAAAUCUAUUAGCCUAUUAUUUUAGAGUUCUUAUACACACUUUCCAGAACCUUACUUUAUGGAGAAAAUUGAGGGUAAAUUGUCUUACCACUCUUAUUUGACAUUUUACAGAUGUAAGAGAAAAUGGAAAUGAAUGGUUUCUACAUAAAUCAUUAAAUAAGGCAGAGCAUGGUGUGACCAAGUGUUCUUCUAAAGCUUUAGAAGAAAAAUGCUAUGUUCUACCACAGUAAUCAUAAAUAAUAACCUGUGAGGGAUGUCGUCUAAGAAGUCAGAAGUAGUUCCCUUUUCAUGCUGGGUUAUUGCUUAAAUAAUUCUGUUAUUUUCUGGUGAAACUUUAGUUUUACUGCCAUCCACUCCGUCUUUCUCAUAGCAAGUUUAAUGCUAUAAAGCUGAUUUUCUUUGUCUGAUUAAUCUGAAAAUUGCACAGAGAAGCUGUUUCAGCCAUUACUGUGUAACAAAAGUAGCUUAUAGAAUGUGGAUUGUCUCAUUAUUGCGCUUGCCAUUUGAAAAUAGGAUCCAGCUCAGUUUGUAAUUCAUUGGUAUUUGCUUAGUGGAUUUCUCUUGGAGAUCCCCAAAUACUUCUUAAUUCUUAAUACCAUCUCUCUUAGAAGGACACAAAAAAAAAGAACUGAUAUUUUUAGGGAUGGGAAAGUUAUUGGAUGAUUUAAAGCAUCCCACAGAAAUAUUUAAACAACAACAAAAUUUUCUUGGCACCAGAUGUUAGAUUUGAAAUGAUGAGUCAUUGUUUAUUAUUGGUGAAUGUCAGUUUCUCCUUCCUUUUUGGGCAUGCAUGAGGACUGACACUUGAUGUUGAUUCUCUGUGAUUAACUGAAGGUCAUAUUCCCAAAGUGACCGUGCCCACAAUGAUCUUUCUAGAAUUUUUAUGCGUAAGGUACCCAUAUCCAUGUACAGCUGUAAUUAUACUCGUUUAACUCAUUGCCAUUGAGUUGAUUCUGACUCAUGGUGACCCUAUAGGACAAAGGAGAACUGCCCCAUAAGUUUUCCAAGGCUGUAAUUUUAUGGGGAGCCCUGGUGGUGCAGUGGUUAAGAGCUUGGCUGCUAACUGAAAAGGUUGACAGUUUGAAUCCACCAGUUGCUCCUUGGAAACCCUAUGGGACAGUUGUACUCUGUCCUAUAAGGGGCUGCUAUGAGUUGGAAUUGAUGGCAACAGAUUUGGUUUGGUUUUGGUUUAAGCUUUCUGGAAGCAGAUUGCCACAUCUUUCUCUCAGGGAGCAGCUGGUGGGUUCAGACAGCCUACCUUUUGGUUAGGAGCUAAGCAUUUUAACCACUGCACCACCAGGACAGUGCUCCACCUUUAGCAUUAAAUGGGCAGUUAUCUUUAAUAAGGGCUUUGGCUGGGCCCAGGUGCUUUAUAUACUAAUAGAUUUUGCUUUGAAACAUCCUUAUCUCUCAUCUUUCUUGCUAAACUGGUAGCAAGGCCAGUUCUUUAUGACAUUUUAUUUCCAUACUUGGAAAUAUAUCUAUUUGUGGGCUUUGCACCUUUUUGUAACUCUCAGUGCACAAAAAGGAGCAGGGUCUGUUUUAUCACAUAACCUACAAGUGCUGGCUUCCCUCCUGCUGAUAUGCUGAGCCAAGUUAAAAAAAAAAAAAAAACAUUUCCUUGGUACCACCGGAUAUUUUCAGAAGGACUCGUUUGUUUUCUCUUGUCGUGUGAAAGUUUUUUCCAGUCAAGGAUGAGGUUUUUUUUUUAAUUUCCUUUCAUAUAAAGCAGCAUCUUCUUUUUGUGGCCACAAAGAGCACAUGAUGUGUUUUCUUUUAUUGUGGCAGAGAAUGCAGAUGCUGAUUGAACUUGGGCUCAGUGUGGCCUUGAACACAACUCUGUCCUCAUCACAUGUACACAUUCUGAUGAUUAUAAAUAGGCACAUUUUAUGUUCCUGUGAUGUUUCCAAAAUAUAUGAUGUGAAAUCCUUUAAGAAUUCAAUCAUAAAGGCAGUAAUCACUCCUGUUUGGAGCUGCUAUAUCCAGCAUUAUAAUGUGACUGAUAAUUAACUGAAGAGACAAAACUUAAUUUUUCACAUGAUGUAUAAUUUAUAAUAUUUUCACCUGUUACUUUAGCAAAUAGACAUUUUUUUCCAAGUGAAUCACACUUGUUUUAGGCCCAUGUUAUUGCUAGGCCUUUGCCAAUUCUGGAGAGACUCCUGGUCUUCUUUAAUUAUCAUUUUUACCAUGCAUGGUAGCUAUCAUGGAUUGAAUUAUGUCUCCUCAAAAUGUGUGUAUCAGUUUGGCUGGGCCAUAAUUCCUGGUAUCGUGUGAUUUUUCUAUAUGUUGUAACUCUUGCCUCUAUGAUGUCAAUGAGGGAGGAUGAGCGGCAGUUGUGUUAGUGAGGCAGGACUCAACCUACAAGACUGGAUUGUGUCUUGAGGCAAUCUCUUGAGCUAUAGAAGAGAGAAGGGAGCAGAGAGACAAGGGGGGACCUCAUAUUGCUGAGAAAGCAGUGCCCGGAGCAGAGCAUGUCCCUUAGACUUGGGGUCCCUGCACUGAGAAGCUCCUAGUCUGGGGGAAGAUUGAUGAGAAAGCCUUCCCCUGGAGCUGCCCCCUGAAUUUGGACUUUCAGCCAACUUACUGUGAGAAAAUAAACUUCUCUUUGUUAAAGCCAUCUACUUGUAUUUCUGUUAUAGGAGCACUAGAUGACUAAGACAGUAGCAAAAUGAAUUUCAUCUGCAAAUGGAGGUUUCAAAAGAACAAAGGUUUUUAUAAAUAGAUCACAGCUAUUCACCAAAGAUGCAAAAGACUGAUGAUAUAAUAUCCCUUUCUCUCUCUGAUACAUCUAAAAAUACAUGGGCACUAGUAGCUUUGCUAUUAUUUUGAUGGAGGUAAUAGGUUAGAAGGCCAGUUAAGUGUUUUACUCAAGCUAUUAGGGAAUAAAGAGAUAGGUGCUAUUCAACUCACAGCUGCAAGUAUUUAGUGUCCUGUGGAAAAUGCACAUUUAUUGUUUUCUCGAAACAGUUGAAGAAGAUACCUGAGUAAUUACAAGCCCCUACACAAAUCAUGGUUCUAAAAUGUUUUUAAAAUUGUGAAGUGUACAAAAUGGCUCAGCCUGUUCCUAUCCUAUUAACUGAAAACUGAGUUCUAAGAAGUGACUCACAGUUCUCUGCUAUGAUGGUGAAAGUUGAAUACGACAUCUUUGUUUCAACUGGAGACGUUAAGUUGUAUAGCCAGAGAUAUUUUUUAAGCAGUAGUGAAAAGGAGAAAUUAAAAAAAAUUCUAUAGUUUUAAAUAAACAUUUUUUUAUUUUGAACAGUUUGUUUCAUGUAAUUGUAUUGCUACAGACACAAAAUAUUCUAUUUUUUGGGGAAAAAAAUUUUAUCUUUUAUAAAAAUCAUAGCAUACACUAAAAAUUUUUUUGAGAUUGAAUUUUGGAUGUCUGUUAAUAUAUUGUAAAUUGUAUUUUGAUACUAUUCUAAAAUGUAUUAUUUGCUGUAUUUCUAUAUAGUAACACUGAACAUCUGUAGGUGUUCAAAUUUCAUAGUGUUGAUCAAAAUGUCAAUUAUUUGUAAAGUUAUAAUUAUAAUACUAGUUAUAAUAUUUCUAUAAUAUAUUAGUUAAAUAUAAGUUAUAAUAUUUCUUAUAUUUAAAGUGUGGCUCCUUAUAAUAAAAAUCUUUUCAUGAAAAGGUGCUGAAUGGCUUCAUCCUUAAGUAAAACAAAACCAAACCAAAACAAAGGGGCUUGGGGUUUUGAGUUUUAGACUUUUUA